AGCACGCAUGCGUAUUGUGUUAAAAACAACAAUCGUUGAAUAUGGACGGCACAAAGGAACAAGAAGCUAUUUCGUGUGAAAAGCCCAAAGGGAAGAGGACGUACGAUGAAGACGACGAGUCCCCUUCGACGAAAAAGAAACUGGUGGUUGACCACAACACAAACGUGGCCAACCACUACAACCAACUGCAAGAAGUCGGCCUGGCCGCUCGCAGCAACAGCCGCAUCUUCUUCAUGAGGAACUUCAACAACUGGGUCAAGAGCGUCCUCAUCGGGGAGACUCUGGACAAAUUGCGCGGGGAGGGCCAACGCCAUGUGUCCGUGUUGGACCUGGGCUGCGGCAAAGGAGGGGACCUACUCAAGUGGCGGAAAGGCGGCAUCGGCCACCUGGUUUGUGCGGACAUCGCCGGCGUGUCUGUGGAGCAGUGCCAGAGUCGCUACGAGGACAUGAGGAGGAAGAGCCACGUGAACGAGAAGAUCUUCAGCGCUCAGUUCAUCACCGCCGACUGCACCAAGGAGGUCCUGUCUGAGAAGUUUGACCGACCCGACCUGAUGUUUGACAUAUGCAGCUGCCAAUUUGUCUACCACUACUCGUUUGAGAGCGAGACCAAGGCUGACAUGAUGCUGAGGAACGCCUGUGAGAGGCUCAAACCCGGAGGCUUCUUCAUCGGGACCACACCAGAUGCCUACGAGCUGGUGAAGCGUCUGGAGGCAUCCGACUCGCUCUCCUUCGGCAACGAGGUCUUCAAGGUGUCCUUCCAGGCCCGAGGCGACUACCCGCUCUUCGGCUGCCAGUACCACUUCAGUCUGGAGGAGGUGGUCAACGUCCCGGAGUUCCUCGUCUACUUCCCCCUGCUGGAGCGCAUGGCCCUGCGCUACGGCAUGCGCUUGGUGUCCAAGCAGAGGUUCUCUGAGUUCUUCAAGGAGAAGGUCAAGCACAGCCAUCACCGCAGCCUCAUGAUGAAGAUGUCCUCGCUGGAGACGUUCCCCUGCGAAGACGUAGGGAGGCAGGCGUCCGACGGGCAAGACGAGUACCGCCACGCUCGGGAGCACUGCGACAGAGCGGGUUCCGGGACACGGCUGGGAACGCUCAGCAGGUCCGAGUGGGAAGCGGCCAGCAUUUACCUGCUGUUUGUCUUCCAGAAGAUGUCCUGAUGAUGACAAACGUGGACGCUUGCAUACUACAACUCCCAGAAUGCACUGCGUGUUUGCGAAAGACCUUUUCCUCGAUGGACAACUCCUGUACGACUGAGAGCCUACACAGACCCUUUUGCAGUGGAGUUGAUCCAAGCUUUAUAGUUCUCUGCAUCCAAGAUUUGAUCAAGACUACAUCUUCCCCAUCAAGGUCCUACACUGCUGCUUUAUCUUCUUCAAAGGAAGAGCAUCCACCAUGCAACCAUCUGUUUUUGCUAAUACUGUAAGCUAAUUAUAUUUUAUCAUUAUUAUUAUCAGUAAUGGUAAUGUGGCGCCCCUUUGAUCACAUGGUCAUUUAACAACAUAUAUUGUACAACACACAGCAGCAACAGAGCCAAUGUUGUAAUAGCGGUAAGGUACAAACUGCUCAGCCGGCAUUGAUGGCGCCGAUGACUUCAUUUGUAAACAACGGCCAUGCCACCAUCCUAUAGGUAGAACAAAGUGCUGGAGGCAGACUGCUCGUGCUACUUGAACUGCAGCUACUGCCAUCUUAUGGCGUUAAACAGUUCAUAAGGAGAUUGCCUACAGCCACAGCUGCCAGUGCUUUUUUUUUUUCUUUUUUUUUUUUUUUACCUAAUUCAAUAUCCGGUGGUGGUUUUGCUUUUGUAUACCACACACCAGGCGAUGAUGGGAGCUAAAUGAAGCAUUAAGUGGAGCAUUUACAGUCUACUGAAGUCAUUCCUGUUUGCUAGCUGUGCCGAUGCUAUCGUAAAUAAUAAUAUAUAAGAAAUUAUAUGGGAUUAAAUAUGUCCGGAAAAAAGAAUCCGAUUUUGGAGCUGCAUGCUUUCCAGUAGACAGCAUUCAUGUUAUUUAACAUCCUCGUGAGACCUUCAGAUGAAGAAAGAUGCGUGUAUGUCAUAAAGCAAUACACUGGGGAGAUUUAUUUUUUGUGGUUGCAGUUUGUGCAUUUACAUAAUGUGGUGCAUUUGCGACACAUUCAAUGUUAUACGUGUAUUCUGUUGUCACGAAUAGCAUUAAAAAUGAAAAUAAAAUUGCAUUCAUACAUUUUUGUCCUAUGAGGAAAGCUUGAAAAACAUGUUUCGAUUUCCUGUAAUUCAGAUAGUUUAAAUUUUAUUUGUAAUUUUUUUUACAAUAAAGAGUUAAACUAGAUUUCAUUAAUAUUUUUGUCAGCAGUAUUUUUACUUUGAAGAAAAUGUUCCUCGACAAAGUAAAUUUGGGAAUUUGUGAAA